AUGUCGAGCGGUCGUAUUAUUUGCUUUUACGUUCUCGUUCUAUACGUUCUUACUGGUGCAUCUGGUUUAAAGUGCUACAUUGGAAAAUUUAAUAAAGAGCUACAAACGAUUGAUACACAAAAGUUAUGUGCAGUUUACAUUGCUCUGGACUGCCUUAACGAACCAGAAGGGUACUUCGACGUCGGUUAUGCUGAUAUAAGAACUUCACUCUGCGUUAAAACAUUAUUUCAUUAUGUUUGUUAUUGCGACACUGAUUACUGCAACAUGGAUUUUCCGACAUUGCAGGAACUUUGGAAGAAAUCUCCUGAUAACGACAAGAAAAGUGAUUUCUCCAAGUGCAUCAUGAAGGUAUCUAGAGAAAGAAAAUUCGCGCUUGAGACUCGAUCUACCAUCGCCACUGAAUCUAUUGUAACUACGACUACAGAAAGCAAUACUACGGAAAAAGAACACACAACUUACACAACAACAUCUCACCAGCCGGGUACAAUCGAAGAAACUACGGAAGAGCCAGGAGCUUUGAAAGGAAGCGAACAAGAGAAGAACGGGGACAAAGGAGGAAAGGAAAGCGGUGAUAUAGACAUGGACUUCAUCAUUUUCCUGAUUCUUGUCAUUGUUGCUGCAAUUCUACUGAUAGCCAUCAUUCCAACCUUGAUCGGAUGUAUCAUAAUGAAAUCAAAAAGAGACAAAUCUAGAAGACAGGCAAGAGAUGAACGUGCAAAAAGUCUCAGGUCCAACAAAAGUAGAAAAAGCGAUAAAAGUGCGAAGACAACGAGCACCAAGAGCGCGAAAACGGGAUCGAGCAUGAAAAGCCAUGGAAAUAGCACAAGAUCGGGGGACGAUAGUGCGAAAAACAACAGAAGCAACAUAACGACAAGGAGCAGCAGAAAGGAACAGUCGGGAAGAUAA